GGUGGUGGUGAUGGCGGCCUCGGGUAUAAAGGCAAGUGGAUGCUGACACUAAUCUGUUGAGGAUGAGCAGCGGCAGCGUCGACACUAGUUUACCAGGGAAGAUUAGACAACCAGAGACACUAUAGACAAUAUUGGGACUACCAGACAACCGGGAACAUCAGGCAUCUUCAGGAAGCCGGGAACAUAAGGCAGUCGGGAACAUCAGAUAACCGGGAACAUCAGGCAACUGUGAAUUUCAAGCAGCCGGGAACAUCAAGCAACCUGGAAUAGACAGAGUUUUGUCCCUAAAGGUGUCGUCCCUAUGGAGAUAUAUUUAUUGACGGGGAUAGCGGUGGUGACGCUGCUGGGGAAGACAGCCUCUGCCGGAGAUUCAUUACUGCCUCAGGUGGCGGGCAACGUGACACUCCCUCAGGAUGAACAAGCUCACCUGGCGAUGUUUAUGAAUGUUCUGGCGAGCAAGUACACAUCCCGGUGUUUGAGGGCGUUGGUGGGUGACGCCGGGUAUUGGGUCGGUCACUGGGAUCACGCCCACGUCAUCAUCAACCCAGACUACAGUCAGGCUAGGAACACCGUCGACUACAUGAACGAGAACACGGAGAAGGUGACCACGUACUCGUGCGUCACGUACAUGAUGACGGACAUCCCGCGACCCCGCCUGCUGGCAUCCAUCACCGACCUCUCCAAGAAACAAAUGACGCGAUACUUCCUGGCGUACCUGAAUAACGUGCAACAAGCUCACAAGUUUCUUCUGGACGACCGCCUGAAGAACGAAGAACACGUGGCGGCACUCGUGAAACUGAGAAACAAUAAAAAAGAAGAAUGGUCGUGGCAGGUGCUCACACGUCAACUGCUACACCCAUCAGGCUCCCCGGAGGUCCACGUAGCCAACAUGUGGUCACAGGCCCAAGGCCUACGCGAGAGAGGCGAGCUCUUCCCUGAACAGAUGAAGAACUUCUAUGGCACGAAGCUACAAGGCGUGACACUGGAUUUCCGCCCAUUUACGGACUACGAGAAAUUCCCCGGGACGAGGGUGGUGAGGCCCAAACCCUCACUGGACGUGUUCAUCCUCGACGUGAUCGCAGACAACCUCAACUUCACCUACGAGCUGGUGAUGCCUGAAGACGGCCUCUGGGGCUACAUCAAUGACGACGGGCACUGGGUAGGUGUGGUCGGUGACGUGGAGUUCAGACGAGCCAACUUCUCCCUGGUGGUGUCGGUCACGCUAGAACGCAGAAUCAGUGUGGACUUUACCCGCAGCUACUACCGCGACCCUCUCAGCUUCGUCACCGCCAAGAGUCGUUCACAACCACCCUGGCUCAAGCUCUUCAGGCCUUUUAGCAACGAGGUGUGGCUGUUGGCGGCGGCGUCAGUGGGGGUCGCAGUGGUCAUGUAUUACAUCAUCUUCCGGGCCCAGGCCACCUUAGGCACCCCUCCCGUCAGUGCCUCCAGGGCCUUCAUGUAUAUCUUCGGGUCAUUCUUGAGUCAGGCGCUCUUCGUCAUUCCCUGGUUAUCUGCUGGGCAGGUACUACUUAGUUUCUGGUUCAUCUACGCUUUACUCCUGACGACUUACUACAAGACAUCGUUGACAGCAGCACUGGCAGUGCCCUCCGCACCUCCAACUAUCGACACCCUCGAUCAACUCAUCCGCUCCAACCUCGAGUACGGCAUGAUAGAUGCAAAGGGAUCCGAGUAUCAACUCUUCUCCAGCUCUAACGUCCCGCUCUACCAAGAAAUGUUCAAACACAUGAACUAUUACUCCUCGGCUGAGAGCAUGAAUUUGGUAGCUGAGGGCAAAUACGCUUACAUCUACUUUAAAAGUAACCUAGAGACCAUCGUCACCACCCAGUACACCAGCAUGAACGGCGAAACCGACCUCCAUGUGGCAUACGAGGAGUUCUUCCCUGGAGGAUACGGCUGGGCGUUCCCUAAGGGAGCACCGUACAGGAGGACCUUCGACGACGUUAUGUGGCGGUGUGUUCAGGGCGGCCUGAUAGCCAAGUGGAUGAAGGACCUGCACUAUAUCUACCUGGAGGAGGCCAUGGAGCAGAAGACCCCGGAGGAUAGGGAAGCGGAGAGACAAGUGGCUCUUAACAAGGGAGGGGACAGUCGAGUGGUGCUCGAUCUCAACCACCUACAGGGGCCCUUCCUCGCCCUCCUCCUGGGUAGCUCGGCAGGGAUCUUCUUCCUCCUGGUAGAGUUGGUUGUCGAUAGAGUGUUCGGGUCUUAGUCCUCGUCACACCGGGGUCUGUUCCGCCGUUCCCUCGACAACCACCACCACUACUCCACCACCUUCAAAAACUAGGGGAAGUUUUCGCCUGCUGGACAUAGAGAGGGUGACUGGUGAGGAGGAGGAGGAGAGAAAAGAAGAGAGAAAACAUAAAAAAAACAAAACAAAAUAAAUUAGAAACGAAAGAUAAAGAAGAAAAUAGAGAAAAAAGACAGGAAGAAAGAUGAAUGCGAGAAAGAAAGACAGAAAAAAGAAAGAAAGAACGAGAGGAAGGUGAAUUUAUCUCAAACUAUUAUAAAUAAUCUAGUAGUACCGUUCAGUCGUUUGCUCUUUCUGGUAUACACUUAAAAUCAACAAUGCUAAGUCUGACUAUACUGUAUAUACAUAAACCCUCACACACAAGACUUAAACCUACACAAAAUCACAACCAUUAACGAGAAAAUAAACCAAACAAUGAAACCCACAGUAAACAAAUUUCCUUAGAAGUUCUCUAUUGAUUCGUGAGAUGAAAGAAUAACAUCAAGACAAACUCUCCCUACGCAGGUGUGAAUAAAUGAAAUACUUGUGUCUUUAAGGUAUCCACACAUCUGUCUUGAAAUAGUGUACCAUGUUAUCUAUUACCUAAAACAACAACGUAUAAUAGUCUGAAAUUCACUGCAAUAGUACUCGGCUGUUCAUAGACUCAUAAACUU